CUUUGGCACGGAUUUGUUAACGAGGAGCGCGGGGAUGAUGGUGAUCUGCGAGGGACAAUCUGAACAACUUGAGGAAGGACGUGUGAAUUGAGAGGACUGUUCCUUCUUAACAUAACGAGGUGCUCCCCGCUUAAUUUCUGCUGUAAGACAGUUCUCCCUGAGCUAACUUGUCCCCCGCCUGGAAGUGGCCAUCCAGAGGGUCUAGACUGAGGAGGAGUCGGUAUUAGACAGGAACUGUGCUGAGCUCACAUCAUUGAGACUGGGAUCAUAGGCUGCCAGAACUGUGGACAUGUACGGGUUCAUCAAUACCUGUCUGAAAUCAUUGGUGGUGGAAAACUUUGGUGAAGAUACGUGGGAGGCCCUGAGAGUGCAAGCUGAAGUACAGGACAUGUUCAUGACAUAUCAGAUUUAUGAUGAUGCUAUCACACUCAGACUUGUCCAAGAAGCUUCGAAAAUGCUGCAUCUGUCUGCUGAGGCUGUCUUGAAACUCUUUGGAGGACACUUUUUCACCUUCUGCAAGGUGUCUGCGUACGACCGAAUGCUGCGGACAUUGGGAGGAUCGUUGAUGGAAUUUAUUGAAAAUUUAGAUGCCCUUCACAGUUACCUUGCUCUGUCAUAUCAGGAGAUGAAAGCACCAUCUUUUCGAGUGGAAAGGAGGGAAGAUGGAGAGAUGUGGCUUCAUUACUAUUCUGAGAGAAGAGGGCUCUGUCAUAUAGUUCCAGGGAUCAUACAGGCUGUAGCUAAAGACUUCUUUGACACGGAGGUGGAGAUGGAAAUCCUUAAACAGUCAGAAGAGGAUGAAGGCAUGGAGAGAAUGGAACAUGUGGUUUUUCUCGUUGUCCAGAAGAGGCUGCCAGAGCGAUGGAGGGACAGACAAGGAAGAAGCACACAGUCUGAGGAAAUCAAGCUGGAUAAACAGGAGAUUGAGAAGUAUUUGAAUAAGAUGAAGCAGAAAUAUCAGGCACUGUCUCACUGCUCAGUGAAGAAGUCACACUGGGACAUUCUCAGAAGGGUUGUGACAUUUGACCAAGGUAACUUGCUAUGUUCUUUCGAGCCAGUUUACCCAGAGAGACUCUGGAUGGACACAAAAGCUUUCUGUGAUGCAUUUCCUUUUCACAUUGUCUUUGAUGAGGAGCUAAAGGUCAAGCAGGCGGGAGUGAAUAUACAGAAGCAUGUACCGGGACUACAGGCAAUGAACAUUCGAUUUGAUGACUACUUCACAAUCACCCAUCCAGCAGUGUCUUUUACUAUCUCCAGCAUUCGAAAGUUUAUCAACAGUCAGUUUGUACUGAAAACACGGACAGAAAUGAUGCCACGGUCUUGGCAAACUCAACCAAUCCUGAAACUCCGAGGGCAGAUGCUGUGGAUGGGAUCGAUCCAAUGUAUGAUUUACCUGUGCUCGCCACAGUUGCACUGUCUCGAAGAGCUGGAAGAGGCGGGGAUGUACAUCGCCGACAUAGCCCAGCAUGACACAACGCGAGACCUCAUUCUCCUCAAUCAGCAAAGGCUAGCGGAGAUUGAGCUGUCCAAUCAGCUCGAACGCAAGAAGGAGGAGCUGAGAAUCCUGUCCAAGAACCUGGAGGUGGAAAAGCAGAAAACUGAAGUGCUACUAUAUGCCAUGCUACCUAAACACGUGGCCAAUCAGCUCAAGGAAGGCAAGCAGGUUGAAGCAGUUUCUUAUAGUAGGGGGACACCAAUCUGCACCUUCCUUUUCAUGGCAUCACCUGCCACAUUCAGUACACACCUCAGUACGGUUGAGACUAUUGGAGAUGCCUACAUGGUUGUUGGAGGUGUGCCCAUUCCUGUUGCAAGCCAUGCGGAGAGAGUCGCCAACUUUGCCUUGGGAAUGAGGAUGGCUGCAAGAAGUGUGAAGAAUCCAGUGACCGGAGAUCCUAUUCAGAUCCGAGUUGGCAUACAUUCUGGUCCAGUGUUGGCUGGAGUGGUUGGUGAGAAGAUGCCAAGAUACUGUCUAUUUGGAGACACUGUUAAUACUGCCUCAAGGAUGGAGAGCCAUGGAGUACCAGGCAAGAUCCAUCUCAGUCCAACAGCAAACAGAGCCCUACAGAACAAAGGUUUCGAAAUUGUGGAGAGGGGAGCAAUCAACGUGAAAGGCAAAGGGCAAAUGGUCACCUACUUUCUUGUUCAGAACCUGCAUGCCACUGAAGAUGACAUCUUGGGUAGGUCGUCAAAGGGAAGUGGGAGAGAUCCCAACCAGGACAAUGAUGGCAGCAAGGGGAAAAGUGACCAGUGUAAGCAACACGAGCAAAAUAAUGAUGAAGAUCAGGAUUACAAGCCUGUGGUUGCCAUGAAAUAUGUUGAUAGGGAACAGACACCCUCGGACAACUCCUCUGACAGGGAAAUCAACAGAGCUGAGCUUAACAAGUGUCCAGAGAGAACAAUGAUCUCCAAGUGUCCAGAGAGACCAAUGAUCUCCAAGUGUCCAGAGAGUACAAUGAUCUCCAAGGAGGAAGAUAGAACAAAGUCAAGACUGGACCUGAAUAAUAAGCCUCUCAGUAAUGAAGAUGGAAAGUCAGAAUUUUGUAUUCUAUUGUAAACAGAGUGCUGUGUAUAACCAACUCAAGCUGCACCUGAGUUAGCUAUAUUUUCUUGAAAAGACAAACAUUAGUUUUACAUUGUUUGAAAUGUUGCCACUUUUGAAUGAGUUUCCCUCAGAAACAUUUCUACUGUAUUUCUUCAAAUGCUUUUUUGUGGCACGGUGGCUCAGUGGUUAGCACUGCUGCC